AUGUCUCCAAUUCGUGUUGGACUCAUUGGCCUCAGCUCUGAGCCAGCAGGUUUAGGCCAAGGCAAAUGGGGCGUAUCAGCACACUUGGCCUCCCUUCGUCCCUCUCCCCAUUACGAAAUUGUGGCGGUAUGCAACUCGUCUAUUGAAUCAGCUCGCCGGUCAAUCGAAUACCACAAACUGCCUUCUUCUGUCAAAGCGUAUGGCAGUCCUGAAGACCUAGCCAACGACCCCGAUGUCGAGCUCAUUGACGUAUCAAUUGUCGUCUCGAGGCAUUUCCUUGCUGCCAAGCCUGCUUUGUUAGCCAAGAAGCAGGCCUUUGUGGAAUGGCCUCUAGGGGCUAGUACAGCAGAAGCAGAAGAGAUGCUCCGGUUGGCAAAAGAAGCCGACUUGAAGACUGUAGUUGGUACCCAAUUUCGCGCAGAUCCAUGGCUCGCAAAGGCUAAGCAACUGGUCGAGAGCGGAGCAAUUGGCAGAGUCACCAGUUCCGACGUCCAGAUUUCUUCUCCCCUUGGACCCAUAGAUACCUGGACUGCCGAAGCUGAGUUUUAUUUGGAUUUUGAGAGUGGUGGGAAUGAAUUUCAUAUUUUCUUUGCUCACUUUCUAAGCGGAUUUACUUAUGUGCUCGGAGAGUUCGCGAGCAUCAAGUCGACGUUCGCAGUCCAGAAUCCAGUAGUGAAGUUGAUCAGCAGCAAGACCAGCGAAGUAGUCAACCCAGAAAAGCGUAGAACUGCCCCUGACCAUAUUUCAGUUCAAGGCAUGCUGGAAAGUGGUGCCAUGGUCAGCAUUAGCACGCGUACGCCACCGAAGCCGAUUGACGGACACAGCUUGCGAUGGCUCAUUACUGGCUCAGAAGGAGAAUUGGAGCUCACAACCAGUGGUAGAGGGUACCAAGUUGGCUCCAAUCCAAGAACUUUGCGAGUCGUUUUAAAAGAUGGUGAAAUAAAAACAGUUAAUUGGGAACAGGACGAGCCAAGUCAUAUCAAAAAUGUUGCUCCGCCAGGGGUGAACACUGCAAGACUGUUUGAGGCUUAUGCCCUAAAUAAGGAUUGCUAUUCGGAUUUUGAGAAAGCCGUGAAACUCCAUAAACUUUUGGAUAGAAUUGCGAAAGAUGCAGGUUAUAUGUAG